UCGGAUAUUCCUCGGCUCGGCAGUAAGCAAAAUGGCGCCAUUGUGGAUGGUGAUGUCUUUAGCGUUUUCUUUGUUUUUAACACCUUUUCUUAUGUUUUUGCUUGCUAUAAUCUUCUUGGCAUCUAUUGGAAAGUCGCUCGGCGUUAGGAGAUUAUACAUAAAAUUGCUGCUAACGCUAUUUGAGUAUGGCAGACAAAAUAUAGAGAAUGUGAAGAAGAAGAACGGUACUUGGAAGCAAAAUGACGAGGACGCAGAUGAAGAAUACGAGUCACGGCACGUCGAAAAGCAGAAUGUGCAAAAUUGGAAAACGGAGAAUAUGCAGAAUGGAGUGAGUAGCAACGUUAUAGCCAGAUCAACGGAUUUGAUUUUGGUACCCGAGCCAGAAAUGCAGAAUCAUAAAAAUCAUUUGGAGGAAACAAAGACGGAAAAUUCUCAGACACCUACAGCAAGCGUGAACAAAAAUGAGACUCUCAUGCGUAGAGAUUCGUUUGAAACACUGAAAAGGGAGUUCAAACCUGCAAUCUGUUUGGAUUACAUUAAAGCUGGUGUAGAAGCUAUUAUAGAAGAUGAAGUGACGUCUCGUUUCGAAGCAGAAGAAUUGAAGAAUUGGAAUUUAUUAACUAGAACAAAUAGAUAUUAUGAGUUUAUCUCCUGGAAGCUGACAGUAAUAUGGAUAUGCGGAUUUGUUAUGCGAUAUUGCUUUCUUCUUCCUUUGAGGAUAAUAAUUUGUUUUGUGGGGGUACUGUGUAUUGUAAUUGCAACAUUUCUUAUUGGCUUCCUACCAAAUGGUUUUAUUAAGAAAUGGGCAUACAACAAGGCUAGUCUCAUAGCAUUCAGGAUAAUGUCACAAUCUUUAUCAGCGGCAAUUACAAUUCAUAAUCCAGAGUACAAACCAAAACCAGGAGGACUGUGUGUAGCAAAUCAUACUUCCACAAUCGACGUGUCCAUCUUAUCCACACAGAUAACAUUCUCCUUGGUGAUGUGGCUGACAGCAUGUACAGCAGUAGUCGGCUACGUUCCAGAGGGUAGUUUCAAACGAUGGCUGAAUUACAAAGUCUCCAUAAUGUGCUUCGGUGUGUUGUCAAGUGCACUAUCAUCAGUAAUUACGUAUCAUAAUCCGGAGAAUCGUCCUGUUAGGGGUAUUUGCGUGGCGAAUCAUACUUCUCCUAUAGAUGUUUUGGUACUCAUGUGCGAUAAUUGUUAUUCUUUGAUAGGUCAGAGGCAUGGUGGAUUUUUAGGUAUUCUACAAAGAGCUUUAGCACGUGCUUCACCACACAUUUGGUUUGAACGAUGUGAAGUUAAAGAUAGAGAAGCAGUUACGAGACGAUUAAAAAAACAUAUUUCUGAUCCCACGAAUCCACCUAUACUUAUUUUUCCUGAAGGCACUUGUAUAAAUAAUACAUCAGUUAUGCAAUUUAAGAAAGGAAGUUUUGAAGUUGGUGGUGUAAUUUAUCCUGUUGCAAUAAAAUAUGAUCCAAGAUUUGGAGAUGCAUUUUGGAAUAGUAGUCGAUAUUCCAUGAUACAAUAUUUAUAUAUGACUAUGUCAAGCUGGGCUAUAGUGUGUGAUGUUUGGUAUCUUCCUCCAAUGUAUAGGAACGAGGGAGAGAGUGCUAUCGAUUUUGCGAAUAGAGUAAAAUCUGUGAUAGCAAGACAAGGUGGAUUAGUCGAUUUACAGUGGGAUGGUCAACUUAAACGAAUAAAACCAAAAAAGGAAUGGCGAGAAAAGCAACAAGAAGAAUUAAGUAAACGACUUAAAGUCGAAUAAACUGAAUUCUAGUCGCGCUUUCAUAAUCGAUAUAAUGUGUGAUAUUUUGCUUAAACGAGAAUAUUUUACCUGAUGUGCUGUUUUAUCUUCUUUAUGGACACUUACCUAUACAAAAAGCGGAUAGCUCGUAUGCAUGAUUUAAUUUGUUUAAUUUUACAAAUGUGGUAUAUUGCGUCAUAUUAGAUUAUUUUUUAUACGACAGAAAAAUUGAUAAAUUUCUAUAGUAACAUUUAUUACAAGAAGAUUGUUAUAGUACAAAUAAUUUAUUUUAAUAUUAUGAUUGAAUUUAAAUAAAAUAUCGAUAACUGAAAUAUCGCAGGUAUCACAUUUGUCAAUUUUUAAUACCAAUAUAAUAUAAUGAGGCAUUACAAAUCUAUUAUUUGUAUAUAAUGAAGUGUUUAAUAUGGAAUGGUACGUCAA